CGCGCCUCCGCUCCGUCGGCACCGUUCGCUCACAGCCUCCUACAGUCCACCGUCUCCGACGCCACAACCCACUCCGACAUCAUGUACAAGCUGGUGAUCCUGCUGUGCGCCGUGGCCGCCGCCCACGCCGGCUACCUGGGAGGCUACGCCGCCCCCGCCGUCGCGGUGGCGCCCGCCCCCGCCGUGGCCGUGGCUCACGCGCCCGCCGUGCCGGUGGCCACCUCCUACGCCAGGAUCCACCAGGUGACCAACUCUGUGCCCGUGGCCGUCGCCGCCCCCGCCGUCGUCAAGGCCGCGGUGCCCGUCGCCGCCCCCGUCGUCGCCGCCGCCCCCGUCUUCGCCGCCCACGCACCCCUCGCUCUUGGCCACGGCUACGGAUACGGCGGUUACCACGGCUAAGCUAACACCAGCACCACCACCGGCAGGCACCGGGCCCGACUUCAUCACGAGGCAUUACUAUUUAAAUAAAAAGCAUCACACAUAA